AUGGACCGUGAGUUCCGGGUGGCAAUAGUGUAUGUUCAAGGUGCUAUAGUGCUGUGUCCCGAAUUGCUAAUUAGUGGUACUUUGUUCCCGCUCCUAAGAGGUGGUGGCAUAGCUGGUCUCGUACUAGCAGUUGCUCUCUCAAAGACUCCCAAUAUUGAAGUUAAUGUCUAUGAAGCCGCUGCCCAGAUAUCCCCAGCUGGUGCUGGCAUCAGAAUGUUCCCCCACAUUUGGAAGAUAAUGCGGGCAUUAGGUCUUGACGUCGACCUUGCUGCGCUGUCUAACGUGGGUAGCAGCUUCACGGAUAUACAUAACUUCCUGUUAUUUAGGCUUCGCAAAUCAAACCAGCCUGAAGGAAUCGACUUUUAUAAUUACCUGCCCGUAUACUCAUUGGGGACCGGGAUGAUUCUCCAUCGAGCGGAUUUCCAGAAAGUUAUCCUGGAAAACAUUUCCCGCUCAUGUCCUAUCCAUUUCUCAAAGCGACUCGUUGCGCUCACCGAAGCUGUGGAUAUAGAUGAACCUGUUGUGCUGCACUUUGAGGAUGGAUCGACAACCAAGUGUGAUAUUGCGAUCGGCGCGGAUGGUAUAAAAUCUGCUGUUAGAGCAUCGGUGUUCGGGACCGCCAUUCGCACCGCAGAAACCAUACAUGAUUCUGUCAAGGUGUCUCAUCUCAGGGAACAGACACCGCCUAUGUGGACUGGCACUGUCGCGUAUUGGGGACUCAUCCAUGUCAGUGUGCUUGAGAACAUCGCGCCCAACCUCCGUUGGAUUUUCAUCUGCAUCCAGCAUCUCGUGGUGUUCUCCAUAUCACAGGACACACUGAUUAAUGUGAUCGCAUUUGUCUCGCAAUGUGCAAGAGAAGGACACGAAUUUCAAGAACCGUGGGUGACACUGGUUCAUCAAGAGGAAUUAUUGUCUGCAUUGGCAGAUUUUGAGAAGGAGGUCCAGGAUUUACUGCAUUGCAUAGAUUGUCCAUCCAAGUGGGCUAUACAUGUCACAAGGCCUCUGGAUUCUUACGUCUCCGAGUAUCGUAGAGUCGCACUUCUGGGUGAGGCGGCCCAUGCAAUGGCACCCUAUCAAGCCAGUGGAGCAGGCCAAGCUAUAGAGGUGCGAGGAAUCCUCAACUCCUCAUCCUAUCCGAAGCUCACCUUGACAGGACGCGUACAUUCUUUCCUCUCUGCUCACGGUGAUAAGCCUCAGGAUCGUCUGACCCCCGAAAAUGCGGACUCAGCACAUCGUACAAGCCCUCCGGAGCUUAUUCGACACAGUGCUCACACGCCUCUAGGCUUCUAUGGGCUCUAA